CAACAAGGUACACGGAGAUUUUGCUACAAAUAUUAGGAAUGUCUAUCUUGGGUUAUGCACCGAUGGAUUUAGUCCAUUUGGAAUGUCUGGUAGACAAUAUUCUUUGUGGCCAGUCAUUCUUACGCCGUAUAAUUUACCGCCGGAUAUGUGCAUGGAACAAGAAUUUCUAUUUUUGACCAUAUUAAUCCCAGGGCCGAAGCAUCCAAAACGGUCUCUUGAUGUUUUUCUUCAACCGUUGAUAGAAGAGCUAAAGCAAUUGUGGUCAGAAGGGGUGAGGACGUACGAUUGUUCCUUGAAAAACAAUUUUACGAUGCGAGCAGUUCUGAUGUGGACGAUAAGUGAUUUUUCUGCUUAUGGGAUGUUGUCUGGCUGGACAACACAUGGAAGAUUAUCUUGUCCGUAUUGUCUUGGAUCCAUGGAUGCUUUUCAACUGAAGAAUGGUAGGAAGAGUUGUUGGUUUGAUUGUCAUCGUCGGUUUCUUCCACUUGCCCAUCCGUACAGAAGAAAUAAGACAUUGUUUCGACACAAAAAAUUUGUGAGAGACAGUCCUCCUCCAUAUCUCACCGGCCAGCAGAUCGAAGCGGACAUUGAUUAUUACGGAGCUCAGGAAACAGUUAAGGUUGGAGGAAAUUGGCAUGUUCCUGGAAAUAUGCCUGAUGGGUAUGGUGUAUCUCACAAUUGGCAUAAGAAGAGUAUAUUUUGGGAGCUACCCUAUUGGAAGGAUCUUCUCUUACGCCACAAUCUGGAUGUCAUGCAUAUCGAGAAAAACUUUUUUGAGAACAUCAUGAAUACAUUACUUAACGUCCCUGGGAAGACAAAAGAUAACAAAAAGUCAAGGAUGGACUUACCUGAUAUUUGCUCAAGAAGUGAGUUACAUAUCAAGAGCAAUGGAAACGUUCCUGUUCCCAUCUUCCGGUUGUCAUCAGCAGCCAAAACAACCCUCCUCCAGCGCAUAUGCCUCCACCGCAAAUGCCUCCACCGCAUAUGCCUCCACCUCCUCCUCCAGCGGCUGCACCUGAGCCUGUCCCAGAAGGUGCAGUUCAUCCGGAUUUGCGUGUGCCUUCAUAUGCCCCAUUCGCGAGAUAUACGGUAGAGGAUUUGCUUGCCCAGCCUGGACGGGAGGGUUUGGAUGUUCUAGACCCCGAUAGACCCCGAGGAACUUAUUGGUUUGGGGCUAACAACCGUGUUGGCCGGAGCGUUUCGAAAACGAUUAAAGGUUACUACGACGGGGCAUAU